CUUAUGAACAAUUCAGUUUAUGGCAAGACUAUGGAAAAUGUUCGUAAAUAUCAAGAUGUCAAACUCAUGGCUAUAAAUAAUGAGCAAGAUGAAAAGAAGUUUAUUAAUCAAAUUCGUAAACCCUCCUUUAAGUAUUCUAGACAACUUAGAAAUACUUUAGUAGGAGCAUAUAUGGGAAAAGCUAGCAUAACUCUUAACAAGCCAAUUAUUGUAGGAGCAUCAGUUCUUGGCCUUAGCAAGCUUCACAUGUACCACUUUUGGUAUGGAUAUGUAAAAGAGAGAUAUGGUCUUUACAAGGAUGAAACUCCAGAUAGUGUAAUUACAGAAUCUAUACAUAUUCGAGGCAAAUCUUAUCACUAUGUUUUGGCAAAUAAGUUUACAACAUCUAAACAUAAAGGAGUUAGCAAAAAGGGUAUGAGUGAAAUGGCUACAAACUCAUAUAUGCCAACUUUAGAAGGGUCCUUGCUAGAUAAUCCAAUAGAUAUAUCAUUAUUAUCAGAAGAAGAAGUCAAGGAUUUGGCUAUGCGAACUGAAGCAGAUCCUAUGACUCUAGUUUAUCGAGACUGUCUCUUUGGUAAUGAAGUAUUCCAUGCUAAGAAUGUAGGUAUUCGAUCAAAAGACCAUAUAUUAUCUUUGGUCGAAUCAGAAAAGAAAGCUCUUUGUCCUAUAGAUACUAAGCGUUGGAUAUUAUCUGAUAAAAUAACUAGUUUGCCAUAUGGUCAUUGGCGUAUACAAGCAUAUAAAAAUUUUGUAUCAAAUGGAAUAUCUCCAGAGUUAGCUGAACAAAGAGCUUUAAGCAUUAAGCUCUCAAAGAAGUAUCAAAAUGAAUAUGUAUCCUAUAUAUCAUAA